AAAUCCCGUCGCCCGUUUCGUGAGGAGACCCAGGAAAUACAGUGUUAGUUGCGUUAAUUUGGUCUUCCAUGGGGGCCUAAAAUACUUCGUUCUUUUGUAAAUAUAUAAUAUAUCCACUAACAGUGAUAUAAUAACCGCCGCUACUGGAACGCGGGUUUUGUGAUAAAUCGAAGGGUGAAAAAGUCGGGCACAAUGGAUGACGCACAUAUGAAAACAGUGGAAGAGGUGUUAAAUUAUUUUAAUGCUGAUCCAGAACGAGGACUGUCAAUUGAUCAAGUAAAAAGGAAUCAAGAAAAAUAUGGCCCUAAUGAACUUCCUGCGGAAGAAGGAAAAUCAAUAUGGCAAUUAGUUUUAGAACAGUUUGAUGAUCUUCUAGUCAAGAUUUUAUUAUUAGCUGCAAUUAUAUCUUUUGUAUUAGCUUUAUUUGAAGAACACGAUGGAGCCUUCACAGCAUUCGUAGAACCUUUUGUAAUUCUCCUUAUUCUUAUUGCAAACGCCGUAGUAGGUGUAUGGCAGGAAAGAAAUGCCGAAUCUGCCAUCGAAGCUUUAAAAGAAUAUGAACCCGAAAUGGGUAAAGUCGUGCGAGGCGACAAACCCGGAGUACAAAAAAUCCGUGCGAGGGAAAUCGUGCCCGGCGACAUCGUGGAAGUCUCCGUUGGUGACAAAAUCCCCGCCGACAUCCGUAUCACCAAAAUUUUCUCCACCACCCUGAGGAUCGAUCAGUCGAUCUUGACUGGUGAAUCCGUUUCUGUGAUAAAACACACCGACCCCGUUCCUGACCCCCGCGCCGUCAACCAAGACAAAAAGAACAUCCUCUUCUCCGGUACUAACGUCGCUGCUGGAAAAGCCAGAGGUAUCGUAAUCGGUACCGGACUCGCCACUGCCAUCGGUAAAAUCAGAACAGAAAUGUCCGAAACUGAAGAAAUUAAGACACCUCUACAACAGAAACUCGACGAAUUCGGCGAACAAUUAUCCAAAGUUAUUUCCGUAAUCUGCGUUGCUGUAUGGGCCAUCAACAUCGGUCACUUUAACGACCCAGCUCACGGUGGUUCAUGGAUCAAGGGAGCUGUAUACUAUUUCAAAAUCGCCGUCGCUCUGGCUGUCGCCGCUAUUCCUGAAGGUUUGCCCGCCGUAAUCACCACUUGUCUCGCCCUGGGUACUCGUCGUAUGGCCAAAAAGAACGCCAUCGUCAGGUCUCUUCCUUCCGUUGAAACCCUCGGUUGCACCUCUGUCAUCUGCUCUGACAAAACCGGAACCCUCACCACCAAUCAAAUGUCCGUAUCGCGCAUGUUCAUCUUCGAUAAAGUCGAAGGAGACCAGAGCAGCGUAAGCGAAUUCGAAAUCACCGGUUCCACCUACGAACCUAUCGGAGAGGUCUUCCUCAACGGUCAGAAAGUCAAGUGUUCCGAGUAUGAAGGUUUACAAGAACUGGGUACCAUUUGCAUUAUGUGCAACGACUCCGCUAUUGAUUUCAAUGAGUUCAAACAGUGCUUCGAGAAAGUCGGCGAGGCUACCGAAACUGCCCUGAUUGUAUUAGCUGAGAAAAUGAAUCCAUUCAACGUGAACAAGAGCGGAGACAGACGUCAACAGGCCAUCUGCGUCAGGCAAGACAUUGAAACCAAAUGGAAGAAGGAAUUCACCCUGGAAUUCUCCAGAGAUCGUAAAUCUAUGUCUUCGUAUUGUAUUCCAUUGAAACCAUCUCGUCUUGGAAACGGACCCAAGCUGUUUGUUAAGGGAGCUCCUGAAGGCGUAUUGGAAAGAUGUACCCACGUCAGAGUCGGAUCCCAAAAGGUACCACUCACCAGCAGCAUCAAGAAACGCAUCUUGGAACUCACCGGUUCCUACGGUACCGGCAGAGACACUCUGCGUUGUCUCGCCCUCGCUACCGCCGACAACCCAAUGAAACCCGAGGAAAUGGACCUGGCCGAUUCCACCAAAUUCUACACCUACGAAGUUAACCUCACCUUUGUCGGAGUCGUCGGCAUGUUGGAUCCCCCACGUAAAGAAGUUUUCGAUUCUAUCGUAAGGUGCCGUGCCGCCGGUAUCCGUGUGAUCGUAAUCACCGGUGAUAACAAGGCCACCGCCGAAGCCAUCUGCAGGAGGAUCGGAGUGUUCACCGAAGACGAAGACACCACCGGAAAAUCUUAUUCCGGCAGGGAGUUUGACGAUUUGAGUCCGGCCGAACAGAAGGCGGCGUGCGCUCGUGCCCGUUUGUUCUCCCGUGUGGAACCCGCGCACAAGUCCAAGAUUGUUGAAUAUUUGCAGAGUAUGAAUGAGAUUUCUGCUAUGACCGGUGAUGGUGUAAACGAUGCUCCAGCUUUGAAGAAGGCCGAAAUCGGUAUUGCCAUGGGAUCUGGUACUGCGGUAGCUAAAUCUGCCGCCGAGAUGGUACUCGCCGACGACAACUUCUCGUCAAUCGUAGCCGCUGUAGAAGAGGGUCGUGCCAUUUACAACAACAUGAAACAGUUUAUCCGUUAUUUGAUCUCGUCCAACAUUGGUGAAGUAGUAUCAAUUUUCUUGACCGCCGCCCUCGGUCUGCCCGAAGCUCUGAUUCCCGUACAACUGUUGUGGGUCAACCUGGUAACUGACGGUCUGCCCGCCACCGCCCUCGGCUUCAAUCCCCCAGACUUGGACAUCAUGGACAAACCACCACGUAAAGCCGACGAAUCUCUUAUCUCCGGAUGGUUGUUCUUCAGGUACCUCGCUAUCGGUGGAUACGUAGGCGCCGCCACCGUAGGCGCUGCCGCCUGGUGGUUCAUGAAUUCCCCCGAAGGACCUCAGAUGAACUACUAUCAAUUGACUCAUCACUUGCAAUGUAUUGGCGGUGGACCCGAAUUCAAAGGAAUUGACUGCAAAGUAUUCACCGACCCACAUCCCAUGACCAUGGCUCUCUCUGUGUUGGUAACGAUUGAAAUGUUGAACGCCAUGAACAGCUUGUCAGAAAACCAAUCUUUGAUCGCCAUGCCCCCAUGGUCCAACAUGUGGUUGAUCGGCUCCAUGGCCCUCUCCUUUACUCUUCACUUUGUCAUCCUUUAUGUGGAUGUACUUUCGGUCGUAUUCCAAGUGUGUCCCCUCACCGUCGAAGAAUGGAUCACCGUAAUGAAAUUCUCGAUCCCGGUCGUGUUACUCGACGAGAGUCUCAAGUUCGUCGCGAGAAAGAUCACUGAUGUACCACAGACGGUACACCGAAUGUGAACGAUUUUUCCGACUCGCCUAAGGACACCUUUGAGUCGUAGCGUGGAGUGACCCUAUCCAGAGUGAACCCCCUUUUAGCACAUUUUGGAUUGUGACACACACACAUACCCUUUUGUUUCCUAAUUUUAAAUCUCUUGACUUUCUUACUAACACUCUUGGUUUUUGUACUAGAUAUGUUACAAUCGUUAGAAUAACACAUUUUUAAAAUAUUAUUCUUAUAUUACUUCUAAUUAUAUUUUUUUGCUGAUAAAAAAACUUUUUGCAGAGAUAUGAUUCAAACAUUUCUGAAUGCAACGCCCUCUAUUAUUUAAUUAACAAAAUGUAUUUUUCCUAAAUAGAAUAAUUACCGGCCUGGCAAAUUUCUUUCUUCGGUGCCAAAAUACCCAUGCAUUUACAUAUGCAAAGAAUUAAGUUGAAGAGAGAACGAUAAUAUUUUGACGAUUCCUGACUUGUGCUAGUAGAGGGGAAGUAGGAGAAACGCUAUCGUUCUAACUUGAACUUAUUUAAAAUUAAUACAUUAAUUUUUCAACGACCGUUUAAUAAUAGGCUUAUUACUCACGCAUUUUAAAUAGAUAAUACCUAAAACUUACCCCGUGAAUAAUCAAUUACUUACUGGUUUGGUUGUCAUAGUAAUUUUAAAUUUUAUAGGAAAAAAACUAGGCAGAAAUCCAAACAGAAAUAUUAUAAAGUGUGCAAAAUAAAAUGCCAGUUAUAAAUCGCGAAGCAAAUACACUGGUGUCUAUCAUUCAUGGGUGGACAAAAACACAAAAUGUGAACUCAUUUCCGGAAAACGUGAUUUUAGUAUAUUUUAAACAACUUUCCUAAAAAUAUAAAUCAUGUUUUGGGCGCAUUAUUCCAUGCAGAAAGUACGUUGGCGUUAAAUAAUAAUAUUCAUAUUGAAAGUUAUUCGAAACUAACUGCAUUUUUGAAAGUCCAACUGCAAGUCCGAGGGAUAUUGUGCAAAAAAAGCCAAAAUCAUUACUUUGGAGUUAAUUAACUAAUAAUUUAAUGAGGCACCAGAUAAGAAUUAUCUGGCAACCAAAGUAAGAAUUUAAAAAAAAACAUGCAUUUGCCGAAGUACUGAGUUGCGGCAGAUGAAAAUAACGGAUAUUAAAGAUCUCGGAUCAGGAUAUUUGUUAAAAUAUUUCAAACACCAAGACAAAAACUCCCAGAACAUUUACGGUAGCUGGUAUCUUUUAUAAAUUAUGUAAAUUUAUUCCUAAGUUCUCAAAAAGGAAAAUAUACCAGACUAUGGAUAUGAACAAAUUUUCUUCAGUGGAGAAGAAGAUGUGCCAAUUUUUCAUACCUACAACCUAAGAGCUAUACACAGGUCAUACACUAAGCAAAACAUCAGCUAUCCUUUUAGAUGGAGGUCGAAUACAACUGCCUUAAAAAGACAUGAGGGGCGGAAAUCCACCUCUACAUAGAAGAUUCACUCAGAAAUAAAACGGAUACUGCAAAUAACAUUUUUCAUUCAGUCCUAUGAUUGAAACCUUUGGUCUAACACUCAAAUUACGAGACAGUUAUAGCACUAACCAAAAACUUUACCCUUGAUACGUGUUUCAUUAGCGAAACACGUGCCGAGAGGAAAAAUAUAGAGUUUUGGUUAGUGGUAAAACUGUCUCAUAAUUUUAUUUUUCAUUCAGUGAAUUACAAUACGAGUAUCAGCACAUAAUCGACUAUUGUACACAUGACACAAAGAAUGAGAUCAAUUUGGGAAAUAAUACUACCUCAACUUUAAAUUUUUCAAAUUAUUUCAAUAUUACUAUAAAUAUUUAUAAGGAAAAGAUAGAAAAUUGAAAAUGUAUUAUAUUUUGACUAUAGCAAAUCGUCAUUACAGAAAGAUCUACUGUGCGGCUAAUCUAAUGUAAAUGCAAGUGAUGCAAAUGCAAAAAAUGUAGUCUAUGUAAUUUUACUUAAGUAAGUGAUAUUUUAUUCUAAUUAUGUGCAGAUUUUUUGGAUACCUUGCAUAAAGGUAAUAGAAAAAGUAUAGUACUCCCAUGUAACAGGCCACUCACUCAUAUGAUUACAACAAAAAAAAAGUAAUAGCUGUCAUUACAUAGCAUUAAUUAACAUAAUACUAUUCCGCACCCAAGACCUUCCUUGGCCAGGCCGGUAUAAUAUUAGGCAUUUAAAAUAUCAACACAAGCCAUAAAAUAAGCCAAAUAUAACGGAAUUUUUAGUGGUAUGAAAAAUCAAGGGAGACAUCCGAUCAAAGUCCGUUAAUAAGUACAUUUUAUAUAUUAAUAGAAAGAGAAAUAUUAGUGGAAUUGUGUACUUUUAAAAAAAUUGUAAUAAAAACGCUUUGUGCGUGGCCAGAGAACUCGCACCACCACGCAAUUGCUUUAGUGUUCACAAUUUGUGCAUUUGAAUUAACAGGCACAAGAAGGGACUUUCUGGUAGAGAAGAGAAGGGGUUUUAAAGCAUGCUGUGUUUUGGGGUUAAAACUGCUCUGAAAAUUUUUUGUUCACAUUUUUUCAAAUUGAGUCUCUAGAGUAAUUCAAGGUACUACUCCCUAGUUCAACGAUUUGCAUAAAAUCCAAAAUCAUUUUCCAAAAAGUUCGUUUUUGGAAAUACCAAAAAUCGUAGGCUGCUACUCGUAUAAAGGAAAUCAAUCACAGAUAAUGCGUUUUUUGAUGAAAUGUCAAAUUAUGAAUUAUUAUCUAGUUCUAAGUUAUUAUCAUUAAAAUUAUGGUUGCAGAAGUUUAAAAAUAUAUGAAAAAAUAAGCAAGUUGCUCAAUCAUUUAGAUUCGCAAUGAACACGUGUAUAAUUGCCAUCCGAUAUUCGGCAUGGGACCUUUGCAGAUGAUGCAAAAUUCUUCUUUCGAGUCAGAUCCUAAUUCCAGUGGUGCCAAUAAUGGGCGAUGACUACUACUGAUGAUUUGACUGCUUUGUCCAUCUUCUUCUGUUCCUUCUUGGAAUCUUCGGUUCGCUGCAUUUCAGCUUUAUCUCGUAUGAUGGUCACACUUUCUGGUGAAGUCAAUAUGGUGCUUUUCAUUGGCUUGCGACCAUAAUUCGAUUUAUUUACCGGAGUAACACGCUUUAUGGGGCCAACUUCCUUCAAUGCAUGGGCAAUGGAUGCGCUUCAUAUGCUUGGCAUCGAUGAUGCACCUGAUAUGCUGGCUUUUUCAGAAGCAGAUGUUGUUACUUCUUUAUAAGUAACUGUUUUAAUCACAUCACCACCAACCAUUAUAACGCGUUGAUCAUUACCUUCAUUUAAAUUGUCUCUUUUUCCACAUUCAGUUUAGCAGGAACAAAAUCUUCAGCAGUGAAAACAGCAGAGUUAUGUUCACAAUUCCGUUCUAGUAACGGGGACAAUAUUAAAAAACUCCAACAAAGAGUGCGAUUCAAUUUUGACACUGACAAACAUCGUUUUAAACGAGCUUAUGGUUAUAUCGAGUGUCUGUACUAUAAUAUCAAGCAUAUCGAAAUUCAUUGAAAUUCAGUGAAAAUCUUUGAAAUUGAACUUAAUAUUCGAAUUAUUCAUAAAUAAUGUUUACUACAAUUUUAGGUUUACAUCUGUCAUAUUUGUUGUGCUUCAAAAGCCUAAUGAAUAAUGUUCAUUUUGUGUGUAUUCACCCUUUUUAAUACGAUUCAAAAUAUUUAUGAAAAUGUAAAAAUACGAAUACUCCAAAAAAAUGUUUGAGCAAAAUGUCAAACACACUGUCUCGAGAGAUACGUAGAAACGUGCUUUUGAGACGAGUACUGUACACUUUUCUGCGUUAUCAGAAUUUUUGCAUUAGUUUAGAUUAUUCAAACAUGUUCCUUUAGGUUUGAGUCAUAUCUCUUGAAAGUAAUAAAUUAAUUAAUUCUAUGACGCCAUUAAGCAUUUUAAUAGAAAUGGAGAUUUGAAGUGUACUUUAAAUAUUAUCCAAUCUCAUUAUUAAUGAUUUAAUCAUAACUGCAAAGAGGUUGUCGAUGAAAUUUUUUUAUUGUAUGUAACAUAUCUAGUAAAACCACCUUUUCUUGACUAGCACGUCGAUUAUAUCAAAGAUCAUUGAUUCUUAAACCGCCUUUAUAUUUUUCAGUUGGUGAAGUGGUAGUAGAUAGAUGGUAAAUGCUACUUCUUCAAGAAUCCCGGCACAACGCUUUUUCAUUAAACUACUUGAUUUUGUCU